AUGUUACCCCUUCUCCAUUACAUGCUGGCGUACGCCAUGCUGUAUUUACAGGGUGCUACAGCACUUCCACAGGGAAUCACCCCAUCCGAAGUCUCGAGCGUAACAUCGGCUACACCCACAGGAAAUUUCGUUAUGGAGAAUGAAAGAACCUGCGAGUUUGAUACGAUGAGCGAUUUCUUCGAUUACACCAACAGGAAUGGUCUAAACAUCACAGUAGAGGUCCAGAAUUGUCAGAAUCUGUGCUUGCUUACCUAUGGGGUGGGAAACCCUGAUCUUUCUGGCAUCGGUAUGAUGUAUGCAUAUAGCAUACAAACUGGCCUCACAAUCCUCGUGGGUCCUGUUUAUCGUAUAGUUUACCUCACCUUAGCGCCAGUGAGCGCCUUUGUCCGAGACAUAAAAGACGUUCAAACGAACUUCUUCUCCUCUAAUGGCUUCUUCGUCGGUUCCUCCGCCAUAGCCACGCUCGCAAACCUGUCACAGAGCCCAUCCACGUUUGAGAUCGCCGAGAUGCAGGCCAUGGCCUUCCUCCAAGUCAACAGCAUCCUUGUAACCUUCUUCUGUCUGGUCGUGGCGCAGCCAAUGUCGCGCUGGGCCGCACGAGUACUACUCUAUUUUGCAGUGUUUGUUCUCGUGAUAGUUGCCCUAGGCAAGAGCAAUCUGGAUGGUGACAGCAAGGAAAACUGGAGACUUGCCUCUGAUGGCUGCGCACACAGCUCAACAGACUACAGCGUUAUCAACCCCAUCCCGUAUCCAUCAUGGACCGUCGCUAUCUUUGCCGUCGCGGGUACAUUUGCGUUCUGGCUACAAUCCCUCAAGGAAAAAUUCCAGGCAGACAAAUUACACAGGUCACUUUUCAGGUUCUUGAUGCUAUUUUGGGUGUUGUUGACUGGACUCUUGACUGCGGGCAUGGUAGUCGGCCUGACGAUGAUGUGGCGACAACGAAGGCAUCUGCGAAGCUUAGCAAGAGACCAAUUUGAGGAUGAUCAGUGGGGUUUCGGGCAGAUCGCUGCCUUGACAAUAUGGGCGCCGAUACCGGUUGAAUUGCUCUAUAUUCUAAAUGACCUCGCCCAACGCAAGUCUGAAAGAUGGAAUCGUUUGAACCAGACCAUUAGCGUUUUCUUUUCUCCGAAAUCUUUGCAGGAAGACCAAGCUACAUCCAGUUCCAACUUGCAACCUGAAAUUGUUGAACUACGCUCUAAGGGAACAGAUCUAGAGCGAAGGGUUUGA